CCGAUACAGUGCUAAAGGAGAGUUAGUAAACGACAACACUUUAUUUUUCUGCGUCUCUGAUCAUUAAGUGUCGAAAGAAAGUCGUUGUUGAAAUUUUCACGAAUCGAGACUUUAGCAUUAAAUAAAUUCUGAAAUAUGUUUCGCCUUCUUGUGAUGGUGACGGUGCUCUUUAUGACGACUGACGCGCAACAUUCGUUCCCUUUGUGGAUGUGGUGGAAACCAACUAACACAAAAUUGCAAAAAGUUUCUUCAAAUGAUAAAUUUCCUUCAGUACGUUUGACCAAUUUCGAAAAUGUGAAUUAUUAUGGCUCUAUAAAAAUUGGAACUCCACAACAAAAAUUUAAAGUUGUGUUUGAUACUGGUUCCGCAAAUUUUUGGCUAUUUUCCAAAAAGUGCACAAUCCUUGCUUGUUCAAAACGUCAUCGAUAUGAUAGUACGGAUUCCUACACGUAUAUACCAAAUAAUACUGAUAUUUAUAUAGGAUACAUCGAUUAUAAUGUAACUGGAUUUCUAUCUACUGAUACAGUGAAUGUUGCUAACCUCAAUGUAAAGAAUCAAACAUUUGCAGAAGUGGUAAACGUAUCAGAUGUAAAUAUAAUAUUAAAGUACCAUGUAAAUAAUUUAUAUAUAAAUAUACUUGAACGAAGAUUUGAUGGUUUCUUAGGCCUGAGUUAUUCCGAUAUAUCUCAGGAUGGAAUAACUCCUGUCUUCGACAACAUGAUUCAACAAGGCCUAGUGUCAUCACGCAUUUUCAGUUUUUAUCUAAAUAGAGACACAUCAGCCGAUUUAGGUGGUAAAUUGAUAUUCGGUGGUUCCGAACCUGCUUAUUACGAAGGGGAUUUUAUAUAUAUACCUGUUACUAACAAAGGAUAUUGGCAAUUUACCAUUGAUAGUAUCCAAAUAAAUGAUAUCACUUUGUGCGAGGAAAGCUGCCAAGCUAUUGUUGACACAAGUACUUGGAAAAUAAUUGGACCAGAAACGGAAAUUUCAUUUCUUAAUGACUAUUUUGAAACUAAUUCACAGGGAAAAGUGGACUGCAAUAAAAUUUCUAAAUUGCCUAUAAUCAGGUUUAAAUUGGGUGGUAAGGCGUUCGAUCUUACCGCUAAAGAUUAUAUCAUUCGACAUCCAAAUGAUAAAAGUAUAUGUGUAACUGUCUUCUGGAAACACGACCCAACAUAUGACGGUGAAGAAAAAUGGAUUCUGGGCAUGCCAUUUAUGGGCCGUUAUUACACUGAAUUUGAUAUGGAGAAAAACCGAGUGGGAUUUGCUUUGGCGAAAAAAAAUGUUAUUUAUGUUAUUUCAAGGGAUUAUCUCAGGCGGCCGCGUAUAAAUAAACCCAAAUUGCAAAGAGUUCCUUUAGAUUAUAAUUCUACAUCAGUAUGUUUGACCAACGUCGAAAACGUGAUUUAUUAUAGCACUAUUAGCAUUGGAACUUCACAGCAAAAAUUUAAAGUUGUAUUUGAUACCAAUUCCUUAUAUACUAAGAUAAUUACUAAAAAGUCCAAAAAUUCUGUUGCUUCGGCACGUAGUCAAUAUAAUACGUCUUCCAACUCAUAUAUACCAAAUAACACAUCAUUUAAUGUACAAUUCCUCGAUUGCAAUGUAACAGGAUUCCUAUCUACUGAUACAGAGAAUGUUACCAACAUCAAUGUAGAGAAGCAAACAUUUGUAGAAGUGGCAAACAUAUCAGACGAACAUAUAUUUAAUUUGUACUUAAAUAUACCUAACCAAAAAUAUGGUGUUAUUGGCCUGAGUUAUUACCAGAUAUACGGUGGAAUAAGGACUCUCUUCGACUACAUGAUUCAACAAAGACUAGUGUCAUCACGUAUUUUCAGUUUUAAUCUAAAUAGAAACGUUUCAGCCGAUUUAGGUGGUAAAUUUAUAUUCGGUGGUUCCGAUCCUGCUUAUUACGAAGGAAAAUUUACAUAUGUUCCUGUUACUCACAGAGGAAUAUGGCAAAUUACCAUUGAUAGUAUCCGACUAAAUAAUUUUACUUGGUGCGAGAAAAGCUGCCAAGCAAAUGUUGACACAAGUACUUGGAAAAUAAUUGGACCAGAAAAGGAUGUUUCACUUAUUAAUCGACUAAUUGAAAUUAAUUCACAUGGAAGUAUAAACUGCAGUAGAAUUUUUCAUUUACCUACAAUCACGUUUAAUUUGGGUGGUAAAGCGUUCGAUCUUACCGGUAAAGAUUAUAUCAUUCGGCAUCCAGAUGAUAAAAGUAUAUGUGUAACCGUCUUCUGGAAACACGACCUAAUAUACGACGAUAAAAUGAAAUGGAUUCUGGGCAUACCAUUUAUGGGUCGUUACUACACCGAAUUUGAUAUGGAGAAAAACCGAGUGGGAUUUGCUUUUGCGAAAAAUGUAUAGAAUUUAUCAAAAUGUAUAAAAAAUCUUUCACUUUCACUUUUUAUUGUGUACUUUAUCAUAAUUUUUAAAUUAUUUGUUUAAUUUUCGAUUAAAAAAAAAUUUAAUUUUUUAAUCGCUAACCGACAAAGUUCGCAGAUUAUAAAUGUGAAUUUUUGCGUAAUGCUUACAUAACUUCGUAUUAAUUUUCAAUAGCAAUAUUUUAUCGUGAAAGCAACUGAUAUGGGCUUAUAGUUAUUUGGAAUGCGAAUUUUUGCGAGUAAUUGCAUUCGCUAAGGUCAUUGUUGCAUGGCCGUCUAAUCGAUAUAAUCAAUCUAUUCUUUCGAAAAGCUGAUUACUCCUUCAUUAUCAUUCUUAAUUACGCGCACACUUAAUAAAUUAUUUUAAAACAAUUUGUUUUAAUUAUAAUACAAAAUAUUAAAUAAAAUAUUUUUACAUUUGAUUGAUCGAUAGAAAAAAUGAUCAAUAAAAAAGGUUAUGUUUCGAAUGCAAGUGAUUGUAUAUAUAACGGCCGUCAAAUGUCAAUGUAAAUGAUAGCUCUAGUAGACGAGUACAAUUUCUUUUUUGUAUGUCGUAACGUACAGAAAGAAAUUUACUGGAAAUUUCGAAAACAUGUUCCGCUUUCUCGUGAUGACUGUGAUGCUGACGGACGCAGAAAUCCAAAACUAAGUUCAUACAUUGUAUUGUAAGUUUACGUACAUAUCAGUAUAAUAAUUAUUGAAUUUAUAAAUAUUGAUCUGUCUCGUCGUGACAACAUUCGAUUUUCAGAGAUCCCAAACUUAUGUAAAACUUAUGUCGUGCAGUGCAAUAAAAGUUUUCAAUUUUAUAAUAAUGUUAUAAAAAUCAUUUUUUCUUCGCUAGAUUUAAUAAGAAUUGGAGAUAAAUGAUUACACUGGAUCUAGUAAAAUUAAUCUUGAAGCGCUCUCGUAAAUAUAACAUUUUUGCGGAUAAAAAAUUUCAAAAGUUUUCCCGUUUAACUUCCUACAUCUUCGUAUGUGAACAAGAAUUAAUAUGCUUCCGUUUCAUGAUAGAAUAGCUCGUUGUCACCGCUUUAAAAUAAUCUUGUUUUAAUAUAAAAUAUUUCCAAACCGCAUUAGAUUAUCGAUUUGUCGACUGGAUUUUAUUUGUAUUAUGCAUCAUGUGUUUUUAAAUGCAUAUUUGCGAUUUUGAUGUUGAACACGACAAGCGCGUUUUAUCUGAUUUAUUAUAUUAUAUAAAUUGUUAGAGAUUGUGGUGAUAAAUGAGCGAUAAUAUGUUCCACUUUUUUUCAUCCAACUAAAAGAAAAUAUCUCUGUCAUUUUU